AAUAUAUCGUUCCCAAUCUUCAUCAUGCAUCUUUCCAUCAAAUACACAAGUUAAUGGUAGAAUGCGUGAGCCAUGCACUUAUGGUUCGUUCGAUACAGCAUCGAAUGAAAUAGAAAUAGAUUGGGGUUAUACUACAGAAAGUCAAAAAAUGCCUAGUAUCAUUGAUCCUACCAAAGAAGUAUCUUAUAAUGGAUCUUUUUAUCCACGUGGCAAAGUUGUUGGAGGAUGUAGUAGUGUGAAUGGAAUGAUUUACAUACGAGGUCAAAAAUUUGAUUACGAUUUAUGGGCGGCUCAAAGUCCCGAAUACAAAAUUUGGGAUUAUGAGCACUGUCUCGAGGCUUUCAAAGCGACUGAAAACAACACACGUGAAAAUCCUGAUGAAGAGUUUAAAAAAUAUCACGGAUCCGAAGGUCUACUUCACGUACAAGAUGUUGAAAUCCAAGAUAUUACAAAGGAUAUUGUUAAAUCCGCAAAAAAUCUUGGUAUUCCUGAUAAUAAUGAUUUUAAUGGUGCUAAACAAAAUGGAAUGGGGAUAUAUCAAUAUACAAUGAAAAGUGGAAAACGAUUUUCGUUGGCUGAUGGUUAUUUGGCGGAUGCAUUAAAAAAAGUUGAAAUUUGCCCUCCACCCCAUAUUGGUGGAGUCGGAAAGAUCGUAUCUGUUAAUGUUAAAUCUUCUGCUCACGUGUUAAACAUUAUUUGGGAUGAAGAAAAGAAAGAUGAAAACGUUGCAAUCGGCGUAAAAUAUUUUUAUGAUGGUGUAGUUUACAACGCUUUCAUUGCCCCAAAAGGUGAAUUGAUUCUUUGUGGUGGUGCCAUUAAUAGUCCUCAGAUUUUAAUGCUCUCUGGAAUUGGUCCAAAAAAUAAUUUGGAAGAAUACAAUAUCAAAGUUCGUAAAGAAUUACCGGUUGGACAUAAUUUAUUGGAUCAUGUUGGUAGCGUUAUAAGCGCCAAAGUUUCUGUUCCAGGUAAUUACAAUUCUUGGGGUUCUGAGCUUGGAUUCUUUCAUAAAGGUAAUGUUGAAGGAAAAUUUCCUAGUCAGGAAGAACUUCUUGAUGAACAUCCCGACAUGCAAUGUUAUGUGGUCACAAGGAUAAUGGAUCCAGAUUUGGUUGAUGAAACAUCAAAAAAGAACAUUCAAGGUCUUAGCUUAAUAUCAGUUCUUAAUUAUCCAUCAAGUGUUGGCCAUUUGGAAUUAUGUAGCUCCAAUCCAUUUUCACCACCAAAAUUGUUUCUUAAUUAUUAUGAAAAGCCUGAUGAUUUGUAUAGAAUGAUUAGUUCCCUUAAAUUAUUACGUGAAUUAUGUAAACAACUUUCAUUAAAUGACGUAUGGGGUAUAAAAGAAAUUGGGUUUGAUGAUGAAUUUGGAAAAUGGUGUAGUUCAGAUGGAAAGAUGCAUGAUGAAGAUUGGGAACGAUAUAUUCUUAGUAAGGCACAUUCAUCAUUUCAUCCAUGUGGUGCUGUAAAAAUGGCACCAGAAUCUCAAGGAGGAUGUGUUAAUCAUCGUCUUCAAGUUUAUGGAACCAAAAAUCUUCGAGUCGUUGAUUCUUCAAUUUUACCAACUAUUCCAGGUGGUAACCUUAAUGCUCCCACCGCUAUGGUUGCAUGGAGGGCAAGUAAACUCAUUAAAGAAGAUUAUGAUAAUAAAGUUUAA